AUGUUCUGCUGCUGUGCGCGAGCAGGAGGACCAGAAACCGGCCGACGCAGUAGGCUCUUCCGUUACAGACUUCCAGUCACAAAAUACCCGCUCAAAGGCUCCAAGGGGGCGUCGUUGCCGCCGCGGCCGACCCUCGUCUUCCUCAUCGCGCUCUUUGGCCUCUACGUAUGCUACCUCUCCUUUAAUCAGAUAAGGAUGGAGAGCAAGCAUGUGGAGGAGAAUGGUGCACAAGAACCAAAUGAACAUGUUUGCACAAAGCCUUAUGUUCCAAGUGAGGAGCUGCCCUACGUGCACUUCCCAAAGCCAAAGGGUUACAGCAGGGCGGAAUGCUCGUGUAAUCCUGUUCGGUUCUUUGUGAUCGUGUCGAUGCAAAGAUCGGGAAGUGGAUGGUUCGAGACACUGCUAAACAGCCACCCGAACAUCAGCUCGAAUGGCGAAAUAUUCAACAGAGUGGAUAGAAGACAAAAUAUAUCGUCUAUCGUACAAACACUCGACAAACUGUAUGACUUGGACUGGCUCACAAGUGCGGCAAAGAAUGAGUGCACGGCUGCAUUUGGAUUCAAGUGGAUGCUAAAUCAGGGCUUUAUGGACCAUCAUGAUGAUAUACUUAGUUAUUUGAACAAGAAGGGUGUCUCUGUGAUAUUUCUCUUCAGGAGAAAUACAUUACGCAGGCUUAUCUCUGUGUUGGCCAACAACUAUGACAGAGAUGCAAAGCAGCUAAAUGGAACCCACAAAUCUCACGUUCACUCGGAAGAAGAGGCCGAGAUACUCGCAAAAUUCAAACCAGAACUGGACGUGUCAACCCUGGUUUCAAACAUCAGGGAUGUCGAGAAGUACAUGGGAGACUGCUUGGACAGCUUCAACACGACACGGCGCAUGAUCCUCUACUACGAGGACAUAAUCAGAAACAGAAAUGCAUUAUUCCAGGUGCAGGAAUUCCUUGGCGUUCCGGUGAGGAAACUGGUGAGCAGGCAGGUGAAGAUUCAUACGCGCCCUCUUCCGGAUCUUGUCAGGAACUGGGAGGAUGUGAACAGCAGACUCAACGGGACAGAGUACGCCCGUUUUCUUGAUGGCGCAGAUUACGUGAAGUGA